GCACGCGAAUCGCACGUGCAAAAUAACGAGUAGACACCAGCUCGGGGUGGGGGGGAUGACCGUGUCCCACCCGACGGAAAUCAAGAGCCAAGAAGGCUUCUUGCGAGAACAAAGAACCUGGGAAGGCUCGGCGGCGGCGCUUGUGGCGGUGACCGGAGAGACUCGGUGGGAGGCGAUGCUGCUCCCUCGCGGUGCUUUAGAAGCGUCACCCACGCCAAGGAGCGGCGGCCAGCGGGCGAUGCUAGGCGUUGCACCAGUUAUCGUCGCGUUGCUGCUGCUGGGAUGCGCCCCGGAAGCCGCUCAUGGGCUAGACUCCAAGUCCGUCUCCGCCUUCGUACAGAACGUCGUCUACUCCAAUCGGAUCGCCAUCUUCUCCAAAUCCUACUGCCCGUAUUCGCUACGCGCUAAACGUGUGUUUAACGAACUAAGUGAGAAGCCUUUUGUUGUGGAGCUUGACCUUCGAGAUGAUGGGCCAGAAAUUCAAAAUAUUCUUCUAGACCUAGUUGGUCGCCACACCGUACCACAAGUUUUUGUGAAUGGUCAGCACAUUGGUGGCUCGGAUGAUACGGUGAAGGCGCUUGCAAAUGGGAAACUUAGAAAGCUUCUUGGUAAAAAUCAAUGACAGCUGUAUGUUGGACGAAGCCAAUAACUGGAACAUGGUUUUGAGGCAGAAAUAUGCUCUUGGAAUUGCAGGUUGAUUUCUUUGGUUAAGAUUGAUUCACAUAACAUUGUUGUUUUUGAUACUGUGAAGAAAGGGAUGCCUAACAUGUAAGUGCUAAUAUUUAGCAGAAUUAUGCAAAAAUAUCAAUUGCACAGUGGUUGUUGUCUAGUGCGUGAUUGUUGAUCUCAUUGCCCAGGGAGCUAUGUCCUCAUGCUGCCAAGUUUAAUUAGCAAAAGCCCUUAAUGAUCAUUAGAUUUCUUGGACUA